UGAACAAAAUUUUUGCCCAUAUAUGCUGUAAUAGAUAACACCCUUUUUUUUUCCUUUUUCUGCUUUCUCCUUCAAAAUUCAAAACGCCCUGCAUCUCUCUUCUUCCUUUGCAGUUCUAAUGGUUUCUCCAGCUUCCCUCUCUUCCCCUCCUCCCCUUCUUACAGCCACACCAAAUCAUUCCAAGGACAAAGAAUACCCCAUCCUCAUCGAAAGCACCAAGGCGCUACAUACUGGCCUUGUUCUACCACAAUAGACAGAAAAAGAAACAAAAGGGUACCAUACACUGAGGGUAAGAGAGAGAGGAGGGGUCCAUGGGGUCUUACUGCUUGUCCUGCUGCCACCAUUAUUAAUUGCAAGUGAGCUCUACAGAAGAUCAGAAUGUUUGCAAGGAAUUAAAGGCGUGAGGAGACCAGUCAAUUGAAAGAAGCAGGGCAUCUGCUCCCCAUGGAGAGUCCUCAAGGACCCAUCAUCAAUCCUUGCACAUUUGAAGAUCUGUACGAGUAUGUGCAGUGCUACUAUGAGGGAGGCCUUGCUCGGGACUCCAGCUACCGUGGAGGAUGGGCGCCCAUUCUCAGUACAGAGUCGCUGCGGGUCGGAGACGGGACGCCGAGCACGGCAUUCCUCCAGAUGCUGGAAGGUGGGAGGGAUCGACUCUCCACCACAUUGCUCCCCACCGAGCCAAACUUCUUCUUGUUCAGCCUCCAGCAGCAGCAGCAGCAGCAGUGCUCAAUGGAGGCCAGAGUUCGAGCCGUGGAGCUCGAAAGCUGCGUCACGAACGCUUCGGAGUCGCAGUCACCGAUGAAAUCCGAGGCGAAGGAGAAAGCGAAAAGCAGGGAUGAGGGGAACGGAGAAGCAGGGCCCAUGGAUAGAUUUGAGGACGGGGUACUGCCCGGUUCGUCUCCGCCGCUACACGGUUCGAUUCGGCAGAUGGAGACCGAGCCGGACGCGGUGAGGGAGAAGAGGAGGAGGAGGAAGCGUUCCAGGCCGAGCAAGAACAGGGAAGAGAUGGAGAGCCAGAGGAUGACACACAUUGCAGUGGAGCGCAACAGGAGGAAGCAGAUGAAUGAACACCUCAAUGUCCUCAGGGCUCUCAUGCCUCCUUCCUUCAUCCACAGGGGAGAUCAGGCUUCGAUUAUAGGCGGCGCAAUCGAUUUUGUGAAGGAACUAGAGCAGCUGCUUCAGACACUUCAAGCGCGAAAGAGAAGAAAACAAUGUGAUGUUCAGGAACUGCACCAGAGUCCGGCGGCCGCCAUUCCUUUUGAUGGCUGCUCCUUCAUGUCACCCGAGCAUACGACGGCCUACACCUCAAGCACCAAGUGCAAGAACCUCAUGGAGGACUCUCCUACUGAUCAUGGGAAAGGAGGAGAUGAGCUCAUGGCUGAGAGCAGACCUGUUCUGGCAGCCGUCGAGGUAACCGUCAUCCACACGCAUGCAAACGUCAAAGUCCGGUGCGGCCAACGGCCAGGACAGCUCCUUAAGGCCAUCUCCAUGCUCGAACAGCUCAACCUCACAAUUCUUCACCUCAAUGUCACCACUGCCAAUGGCUCCGUGUUCUACUCCUUCAACCUCAAGAUUGGGGAAGGGUGCAGCCUCGGGUCGGCAGAUGAGAUCACAGUGGCUGUUCAGCAGAUCUUUAGUUAAUUACAUCGACACUGAUAAGUGCCUGCGUUGCUGGUGAAAUUGAUCUGAUCUCUCGGGGGAGAUGAAAAGGCUAAUGAUGUAGCUUCUAGCAUGAGAAAGGGAAUUACAACGGAGACCAUCAUUGAUAUUGCAAAAGGCAGGCCAACUCUUCUCUUUCAACUUGAAGAACACUUUCUAUGUAUCUACCCAUUCUUUCCCUUCCUUCACUACUCUUGGACAAGCACUUCUUACUUUAUGCUGUUUCUUAAUGUAUAUAUUCUAAUUAUGCUC